AUUGAUCGUUAAUCGAACCAGUCGCUGCAAGAUGCCGAAGCAUUACAGGCCUCCUGGAAAGAAAAAGGAAGGAAAUGCUGCUAAAUAUAUCACCAGAUCGAAAGCAAUCAAGUAUCUGCAGAUCCCUCUGCCUAUUUUUAGGCGACUAUGUAUCCUCAAGGGUGUUUUCCCUCGAGAACCGAAGAAGAAGGUGGAAGGAAACCACAAGACAUAUUAUCACAUGAAGGAUAUCAUGUUCCUUGCACACGAACCAUUACUAGAGAAAUUCAGAGAAAUUAGGGCUUAUGACAAGAAGGUAAAGAAAGCUCAGGCAAAGAAGAACAAGGAUCGCGCAGCUCGACUGCUGAGUCGCAAGCCAACUUAUUACCUUGAUAAUCUUAUACGGGAAAGAUACCCGAAGUUCAUUGAUGCACUGAGGGACUUGGACGACUGCCUCACGAUGGUACACCUGUUUGCAGCAUUACCAGCUCUUGAGAGUGAGCGCAUUGAAGUGAAGCGUAUUCACAACUGUCGAAGAUUGAGUCAUGAAUGGCAAGCUUACAUUUCUCGAACUCACAGCUUACGUAAGACGUUCAUAUCUGUGAAAGGCAUAUAUUACCAGGCUGAAGUUGAGGGGCAGAAGAUCACAUGGUUAACACCACAUGCGUUGCAACAAGUCUGGACUGAUGAUGUUGACUUUAAAGUGAUGUUAACCUUUCUGGAAUUUUAUGAGACUCUCCUUGCCUUUGUCAAUUUCAAACUUUAUCAUUCCAUAAAUGUGAAGUAUCCACCCAUUCUUGAUCCUCGGUUGGAGGCUUUAGCGGCAGAUCUUUAUGCACUAUCCAGAUAUUUUGCUGGUAAUUCUAGAUUGACUAUGGGUGACUCUCAAGCUGUGAAUUCAUCUCGAUCAGAGCAGGUUGAGGAUGUAAAAAAGGAUUCACAAAAUGAUGAGUCUGAGUUAAGACUUGCUCAACUUCAACAUCAACUUCCUGCUAAUGAACCGGGCACAUUGAUGCAUCUUGUAAAUGAUGCUGACGGUGAUGACGAUGAAGAUGAUGAUGCAGAAAGAAGAGAAUGCAAGUCCCUUUUUAAAAAUUUGAAGUUCUUUUUAAGUCGUGAGGUCCCAAGAGAGUCAUUUUUAUUUAUCAUUCCAGCUUUUGGAGGUCUGGUUUCCUGGGAGGGAGAUGGCUCUCCAUUUAAAGAAUCUGACGAGGGCAUUACUCAUCAGAUUGUUGAUAGGCCAACCCAGGGUCAUAUUUUUCUUUCCAGAGAAUAUGUUCAGCCGCAAUGGGUUUAUGAUUGUGUAAAUGCGCGGAUCAUUUUACCGACAGAUGAUUAUUUGGUGGGAAGGGUUCCUCCACCACACUUGUCUCCAUUUGUUGAAAAUGAAGCACAAGGCUAUGUUCCUGAGUAUGCAGAGAAAAUUAAGCGUCUGCAAGCUGCAGCUAGAAAGGAACUCUUGCCAAUGCCUGGUGUAGAUAGAUAUGAUGUGGAUGGUGCUCAGAAUUUACUUGUAGAAGGUAUAUUAAGUCGCACAGAAGCUAAUGAAGCAGCCAAGAAUAAGCAGAAGAUGGCCAUACUUGAGAAACAGUACCAUGAUGAAUUGGAACUGGAACGACAAGGUGUACAAUAUACUGCAUCUGUUUCUAAUAAGAAAAUGCAGGGUGGACUUGAGAAAACAGAGGCUGAGGAAGAGUCUGUACAAGAUCCAGGAGAAGUUGCCAAAGAUGCUGAUAACAUGUCCAUGGUUGUGAUGUCACGUAAAAAGAGGAGACUGUACGAAGCAAUGCAGAUAAGCAAUGAACGGAAGAAGGCGAAUAUUGAUCUUCUCAAAAAGAGGAAAGCUCAAGCUUCAAAGGCAACCACAACCGUGUGAAUGGUGUUGCUUCUCACCAUUUUUGCCAUUGGCUCCCAAUCAAUUUUAGCAUCUGUUUUUUUUUUAAUUUUUUUUAUAGCUGUGUUACUUUUAUCUUAAAUAUUUUGUAUGAGUUCUUAUCAUUUGGAUUUGCGAACACCAAUCAGCGUUUUGUCCUGAUAAAAUUUUGUGAAAUUUCUUGUAUGGGUGCUCCAAUAUAUGGUUAUACAUAUUGA